AUGACGGCCAAAACAUUCGCUCUAGUGGUGAUCUGUCUCGCCUGGGCUCUCCACCGCUACGUUCGCAUUCCUCGCUCGCUGGAAUGGCGUCCGUCGCCCCCGAGCGACUCGGCCACGAUGAAGGCCGUGCUCUACACCGAACACGGCGACACUUCUGUCUUGCGAGUACAUCAAGACGCACCGCAGCCGCAACUCCAACCCCACCAGAUACUCGUGCACGUCUACGCCUCCUCCAUAAACCCCUGUGACUACAAAAACCGUCGCAACGAGGUUCCGUCAUGGGUUGUCCCGAAACCCAAGAUCCCCGGCGCGGACGUGGCCGGUGUGGUGGUGGCCGUGGGUUCCGGAGUCGACGUCGAACGCGUGCGUCCGUUCCGAGUCGGAGACCGCGUCGCUGCCAUGUUGCCGCUCCUUCAUUCCCGCUGGGGGGCGGCCGCAUCGUACGUCGCCGUCGACGCCAAUCUCGUGGCCCACGUCGGACCCAGAGUAUCCUUACGGGAUGCCGCGGCUCUACCCUUGGUCGCACUCACCACACUGCAAGCCCUGGAAUCCGUCACUGUCUCGCAAUCACCGACGGAGGCCCCACGAAAACGCACUAUUCUCGUCCAAGCCGGAGCGGGUGGGGUCGGAUCGUUCGCGAUCCAGUAUGCCAAACACGUUUUGCAAAUGCGCGUGAUUGCCACAGCGUCAUCGGAAAAGGCCGAAUUUCUCCGUAGUAUCGGCUGUGAUCAGGUGGUGGACUACCGGAACGAGCCGUUUGAAGAGGUGGUACACAACGUCGAUGUGGUGCUGGAUCCCGUCAGUUGGUUGUACGAAGACCGAACUUUGGCGAGCGAGGUGCUCCGACCCGGUGGCCAUUAUUUAAACAUUGUAGGCUCGGACUGGGCCUUUUCUGGAACGGAACAAGGCAACGGGCCACGAUCACUUUGGAACUGGAUCAAAGCGAAAACCUUUGGACCGUUCAAAUACAGCUUCGUGGUGGUGGAACCGAACGGUAUACAGCUGCAAGCCGUCAUGGACUUGCUCGAAAGCGCCACCAUUCGGGCCGUUGUGGACCGAACCUUUGCUCUAGACGAUGUUCGAGAAGCGUACGAGUAUCUCGAGAAAGGCCACGCCACUGGAAAGGUGGUUCUCGUGCACGAAAAGGAAGAAGUGGAAUCCGGUUCUGCGACUGUUGCAGAAGAAAGUUAAGGACAAUGCGCAGCUAUAAUCUGCAGAUUUGGCGUUGCAGCUACGCUAUUAGGACUGGUUUUCACGCAACUUGCAACAUUUAUGACGAGGCUAUGGAAAGUGCUUGAUAUCCUGCACUAUAUUUCACCAUGCU